AACCCGCCCAGUGUCCCCGGGAUGAGAGAGGACGGCUGUUUGAGCAGAGAAAGAACAGGGAAAUGAAGUUGUCAGACAGGCUAGCCCAGCAGCUCUCUCCCUUCAGCUCGGCCCCUUUCAACUUCUGAAGGCAGGUUUAGAUGACAAAAUCACCGCUAUGACCGUCAGUUAGCAAAUGUCACUCAGCUACGGGGCUAUCAGAUAACGUUACCCACCGAGAAGAGAAGCGUAACAGUAAAGAAAGUGGAGACAACUUGCUAUCCCGCUAACUCUCCUCCAGCAAGUCGACUGCGUUUCGGUUUCAGGACGACACCUCAUUUGUGAUUUUUGGAUUGCACCGCCUGUCUGCAGUCAUGCCUUUUCCGUUCGGGAAGUCUCAGAAGAAUCCAGCCGAAAUAGUAAGGACUUUGAAGGACAAUGUUGCACACAUGGAGAAGUUGGAUGCUGCAGACAGCAAAAAGUGUGAAAAGGUUGCAGAGGAGGUGUCCAAGAACCUUGCUUCGUUGAAGGAGGUGCUAAGUGGGACAGGGGACAAGGAACCUCAAACCGAAGCGGUGGCUCAACUCGCACAAGAAUUAUACAACACCAACCUCCUCAUCGCACUCAUCGCAAACCUGCAGAAGAUUGAUUUUGAGGGCAAAAAGGAUGUGGUCCAUUUGUUCAGCAACAUUGUGAGACGUCAGAUUGGCAGCCGCACACCCACUGUUGAAUACAUCUCCUCACACCCAGAAAUCCUCUUCAUGCUUCUGAAAGGAUAUGAGAGCCCAGAAGUGGCUCUGAACUGCGGCAUUAUGCUGAGGGAGUGUCUGCGUCACGAGCCGCUGGCUAGGACGGUGCUCUUCUCCGAGGAUUUCUUCUGUUUCUUCGGUUAUGUCGAGCUCUCCACCUUUGACAUCGCCUCUGAUGCCUUUGCCUCCUUUAAGGAUCUCCUCACUAGACACAAGAUGAUGUGUGCAGAUUUCUUGGAGAACAAUUAUGACAGGGUGUUCACUGAGUAUGAGAAACUGCUUCAUUCAGAGAACUAUGUCACCAAAAGGCAGUCUUUGAAGCUCUUAGGGGAACUCCUGCUGGACCGACACAACUUCACUGUCAUGACUAAUUACAUCAGUCGGGCAGAGAAUCUGAAGCUGAUGAUGAACCUUCUACGAGACAACAGCCGUAACAUCCAGUUCGAAGCAUUUCAUGUCUUUAAGGUAUUUGUAGCAAACCCAAACAAGACCCAGCCAGUGCUCGACAUCCUGCUGAAGAACCAGGCCAAGCUGGUGGACUUCCUGAGCCACUUCCAGACGGACAGGUCCGAAGACGAGCAGUUCUGCGACGAGAAAAACUAUCUGAUCAAGCAGAUCCGAGACCUGAAGAGACCAACGGCACCCGAGGAGUCUUAAAACCUGAAGGAGGCGCUUGUUUCUCUCAGGCGGUACAUGGUAGAGGUGUCUGAAGCUGCAGUGGGCUGAGUGAGUGGAAACUAAAGAAAAACACCAACAUAUUUAGAUCUAGUUUUAGGUAUAAAACAUAGGAAAGAUGUUCUGAAUUUUCAUUUUCUGGUAUAGUGUGAAUACGGUGAGGAUUUUAUUCAGCACCUGUGUGGGCCAAGAACUGUUAUUUAAACCACAGUGCUUCUUAUUUAGCGACAGUGGAAUGCCUUUACUCUGCUUGUGUAAUGUUGGACCUUAAACUGUUACUCCUUCAUAGAUUGUUGCUAAAAUGUCCCAACAUUUGCUCAGGCUCUAGAGAUGUUCUCAUAAAAUAAUUAUCCUUAACUUGUGUAUUAUAUAAAGAUUGAAAUACUGAGAGGUAAAUAUAUUAUUUUUCUAAUGUAACCGCCACCUAUAAAUGCUCCGGUUUGCUUUAUUAUUUGCCUUAUUGUAUGUUUUCUCUCUGUCGGCGUGGGAGUUAAAUGAUCUUUAGAAAUAUGGCCCUAGCAGAGCAGCAUGUGGCUCUUUAUUGGCCAAGUCAGCAGCCAGGGCUUUGGUUGCUUUGUCUGGCAGCAGUCAAACGUGGAGCCAGCCGUGCUGCAUGUGUCAAUGCAGGAAGCACAAGUCAAACCAAUGAGGAAUCGAUCAGGUCUGUUGGAGAUUGAUAUUUUUUUUUUGUGUUUUUUUUUUUUUUUUUUUUUUUUUUGAGGUUGCGUUUGGCAACGCUUACAGUGACUGAAAUAGAAACAAAGAAUCAGAUAAUGCUGCAGGGUCGGAGCUAGACAAUUGAUCGGGCAGAAAGCACUCCAUUCAUGUCCACAUACAGAACACACACGGUCCUGAUCUAUUAAAACGGAUCGCAGCCUUUUUCAUGCUGUAGGUGCUUCUCAUGAUGCAGCCCCAAAAUGUUUUCUGGUGAUAUUAACUUAUAAGCAUUAGGUCUGCUUCUUUCUCUGAACUCUGGACAGUUUUUCAUUCUAGAAAUGUCUUUAGAGAAAAUGCACUUUUUUCUAAUUUCCUAAGUUACUCUGCUUGAAUAAAAUGUCAAUAGAAAUGAAUCAAUAAACAUUCCCCAAAUUGCAAGACAUUCCUUUUUUUUUUCUCAAAGAUUAUUUCAAAUUGAGUAUGGUCAGGGUUUAAUUUGCUGUCAUCUGUUAUGCUACGUUCACACUGCAAGCAUCAAGAGCAGCAAAAAUGCAUGUGUUGCUUCAUUUUUGAUGCUUGUAGUUUAGUUCUGAUGCGCGGGUGAAGCAGCUUUGCUGCUCUGGCUGCGCCGUGGAAAAAGUGGGUUUGAUGCACGUUAGGCAGAGCUACCCUAUCCUAUUUUUUCCUGUAACAAUGGCGGCUAUAUGUGCUGUGAUCACUGGGUAUAAAGUAGUUUUAUGUUUUUAAGUGGGAAAGUCCAACUGAAAACUUAAUCAGUGCAGUCAGUUCAUCCAGAUUACAAUCCUGCCUUCAAAUAUUAUUUCUGUUGGAGCCGCUCAGACCCCCACAUACCGGUGGUGUGCUGUCAGUAAGAAUCCCGUUCAAGAGCAGCCUCUGGCCCAGUCUCCUCUUCGCGAUUUGCCGCGGCGGCUGGAAGGCCGUUUUCAUGUACGUAAUCGAAACUGCAGGCACUGGGAUAAUAAAAGUGAACAGGUUUUACUGGCAGAUUUCGGCAUUUUAAGUUAAUUUAGUUAAUAAACUGUUCCAGAGGAGUGAUCAUAGUGUUCUGCAUCAUCAGUGCUGUGUCUGUCUCCCUGCAAGCUCCCAGAUCAGCUUCUCUGAUUGGUUGAUGUGGCGCGUCGAGCAGCAAAAGUUCAAUUUCUCCAACUCCGGCAGCUGCUGCGUUUGCAGCGCUUCACGCAGCAGAAGCUCAUGACGCGCUGCUCCUGCUGCAUAUGUUUUGCUGCACCCCGAUGUACGUCAACCAUUGACUUUGCAUGUAAACUAGCUGCUCCUGCUGCCUCUACUGCUUUAGGUGUGAACGUAGCAUUUGAUCAUUAAAUCAUCAAGCGGCCUCUCUCUGAUCAUUAUUCAUAUUAGCAACAGAGGCGACAUCACACUGUGAGACAGAGAUGUUUGCAGUUUGAAGGUAACCUUUGAAACUUGUUAGCACAGCUAGCAUUACUAACAGCUGUCCUGGAGUUCUAUAGCAAAUGAAAAAAAGAACUUGAUCUUAUAUUUUUUAAAAGCCUUAAAUAAAUGGUGUUUUAUGACAGUUGGAUAAAACAGAUCCCCUCUGCAGUUAUUCAUUCAGCUCGCUGUUUCCUCAUGACGUCUAACUCAUGUAUCAGACUCAGCUACCAGCUAAAACGCUCUUAAAGCUUCUGUUCUUUCUUCUGACUUGAUUUCUAAACACCUCACUGGUACUAAAACAGCUACUUUAGAUUCAUCAACAACAUCCACUGAAGCGUCGCAGUGUGACCUGGUAGUGCUCCUAUGUGGUGCGUUCACUGUCAGAAAGAAAAUAGGGAAUUGAACUGUAGAACUGGACCAGUAUAAUAUAUAUAUUUUUUUUGCAUCUCUAGUUAUAUUAGAUUAUUUAAAUACGCUUUACUCUAAUAGAUCUGAUGUCGGAUGUCACCACAACCCUAAAAGUCAAACGAGGCGUCUGCUGAGGUACAGGUUAUAGAAACAAGCCUGAGUGUUUUUGUGCAGAUUUGGUUCCAAUGCUGGAUUUAUUUUUGUGCAUUACUGAUUGUUUAAGAGUGAUUUUUCUGAAAAUGUUUUGUUUGUUUCUUAACGUUCUCAUGAAAUAAUUUUAAAAAAAUUAAGGAUUUCUAAAAGUCAUCAUUGUCAAACAUAUACCUCCCUGGAUUUAAAAAAAAUCCACCUUAGAAGGCAGAACAUUAUUGAGGACAACACUUCACAUGUGAACUGGGUGCUGCCUUGUUUUCGCUGUUAAAAAAAAAAAAAA